AUGUGUCCGAUUGAUCGGAUUCGCACCUAAAUUUGACGAGGCAGAAGUUAGAUUAGAGUGACAGGUAAGUCACCUACUGUUUACUUUAUCACAACUUUCUUUCUUCCCCUCCCAUCUUUUUAUACAAUAAAUAACCUCACCAAAGCCAUCACUUUGACUCUUUAUCAAACUCUAAUUUUCCCAACAAUUCAUUUGAUGUUUCUAUUUCCCAAAAUCACUAUACUUGUCAUCAUUUGUCUGAAUUAGCUAUAAUGGCUGUGGACUUAAUGAUGGAUUAUAGAAACACUAGCAAUAGUAGCAGCAAUAAUUGUAUCAACUUCGUAACCAAAUUGGAAGAAAAAGCAGUUGUUCAAGAAGCCGCUUCUGGUCUAGAGAGUGUUGAGAAACUCAUCAGAAUGUUGUCUCGUAAUAAAUCUCCACAAAUUCAGCAGCAAAAUAAAUCCCCCAUGGAGAUCGAACUAGUGGCUGAUGCAGCAGUAACAAAGUUCAAGAAGGUAAUUUCACUUCUAGAUCGAAACAGAACUGGUCAUGCUAGAUUCAGAAGAGCCCCUUUAGCUGCUACCACUUCCCCUUCACCAACAAAUUGUAACAAAGAUAUCGUCGACACUAAAGUUUAUUCUCCAACUCCAAUCCAACAAGUCCCUUUAGUAUCCUAUGAACAUUAUAACCCUCUCGUUCCACCAAAGACGAUUAGUUUCUCAUAUUCACCUGAGAUGUCUCGUACAAACUCGUUCAAUAUAUCAUCGUUGACAGGGGAUACGGAGAGUAAACAACAUUCUUCAUCUUCAGCAGCUUUCCAGAUUACCAAUCUUUCCUCUCAAGUCACUAAUUCUGCUGGAAAGCCUCCGUUGUCUUCUUCUUCACUGAAAAGAAAGUGUAGUUUAUCAGAAAAUGCUGUAUCUGGCAAGUGCAGUGGACCCUCUGGUAGAUGCCAUUGUUCCAAGAGAAGGAAGUUAAGGCUGAAGAGGGUAAUUAGAGUACCGGCAAUAAGCAUGAAACUGGCAGAUAUUCCACCUGAUGAUUACUCAUGGAGAAAAUAUGGACAGAAGCCAAUCAAAGGAUCUCCACAUCCAAGGGGAUACUACAAGUGUAGCAGUGUAAGAGGGUGUCCAGCACGCAAACAUGUUGAAAGAGCAUCGGAUGAUCCAACUAUGCUCAUUGUUACAUAUGAAGGAGAACAUAAUCAUUCACUUUCUGUUGCAGAAACAAGUAGUCUUAUUUUAGAAUCUUCUUAAGUUAGAACUAAUAAUGCUAGUGAAUCCAAAUUUGUGUAGCUUUGUUUGCCCUCAUGAAAAGAAGAAGGGUUUUCCGAUCAAUGUAAACUGGCUGUUAAUUAGACUAGUUAAUCAGUCUGUUGAGUAAUUCACGUUCUCAUGUCUCAAAGGAGAUUACGUAUCGUAAUUACGUAUUUUAUUUUUGCGAAACUGGAUUGCUACUUCGUUUCUAGUGUAUUCAACUUCUAUACGCUGAUACUGUAAAUAAAUUUUUUAC